AUGGGAUUGCUCUUUCUUUCGAGUGAAGAAAGUGUCGGGGGUUUUGGAUUUCUACAAGAAGUUGAAUCGCUUGGCAUCAACUAUGGCCAAGUUGGCAAUAAUUUGCCUCUACCGGAGAGAGUGAUUGAUCUUUUACAGUCACUGAAAAUAACAAAAACAAGGAUUUAUGACACGAAUCCUCAAGUUUUGACAGCAUUUGCUAACUCUAACAUCGAAUUAAUAGUGACAGUUGAAAAUGACAUGGUUGGUACUUUAAUGGACCAACAAGGAGCCCUUCAAUGGGUAAGCACCCACAUAAGGCCAUAUUUUCCGGCCACAAGAAUCACCGGAAUUCUGGUCGGAAAUGAGGUUUUCACCAGCGAGGACAUGACCUUAAUGUCCAAUCUUGUACCUGCCUUGGUCAGCAUUCAUGCAGCCUUGGUUCGAUUAGGACUAGAUCAAUUCAUUCAGGUUUCAACCCCUAGUUCUUUAGCAGUGCUUGGUCAGUCAUACCCUCCGUCGGCCGGAAGUUUCCGAACCGAGCUUGCCGGAAUUAUGCCACAGUUUUUACAGUUCUUGGCAAGUACUAAAGCACCUUUUUGGAUCAAUGCAUACCCAUAUUUUGCUUACAAAGAUGACCCAACUGGGAUUCCUCUAGACUAUUUACUCUUCAACCCUAAUUCAGGAAUGGUUGACCCUUACACCAAAUUACACUAUGACAACAUGUUAUAUGCUCAAGUAGAUUCAGUCAUAUUUGCAGCUGCUAGAAUGGGUUUUGGAGGGUUAGAAGUCAGGGUUUCCGAGACUGGGUGGCCAUCGAAAGGUGACUCUGAUGAGGUUGGUGCAACAAUGGAGAAUGCAGCACUAUACAAUAGGAAUUUGUUGAGAAGACAAUUGGGAAAUGAAGGGACUCCUUUGAGGCCAAGAAUGAGAUUAGAAGUUUAUUUGUUUGCAUUGUUCAAUGAGGACAUGAAGCCUGGACCAACUUCAGAGAGGAACUAUGGUCUGUAUCAACCUGAUGAAACCAUGGUAUACAAUGUUGGGCUCUCUGCUUUGUCCACUACAUCUUCAACCUCAUCAGCCUCUAUUUCUCUCACCUCCUCUGCCACCAAGGAAGCAAAGAUGGGAUAUCAAAGUUUGGUGUACGGGAUGUUUCUAUAUUUGCUAGCCUUCCAACUUUUUAUGAGAAGACCAUUUUAAGCAAAAGGGGGGUUUAUGUAAAUACCAUGCA